AUGGAGGAAAUGAAAGAAAAGAAAAUAAAAAGGGAGGAAAGACACAGGGAUACGUGGGAUCCAUUCCAACUGAACCCUGUUGGAUCUGAGAAGGAAGGCAGCAGAAUAUGUUUCCGGGUGAUGCAGUACCUCGUUGCUGUUAUUGUGGGGUUGGCAGUCUUGACCAGUGCUGUUGUUGCAAAGGGGUCUCUCUUGGUGUUGACAACGUUGUCCAGUCCUAAGUCCUUGCGCACCCCAAAGGAAAAGCAGUUCUACAUGCUGAUGCUGGUGUUCUGCCUGGUCUGCCCCAACUUCCUGGUGUUCCUUAAAAGCCUGUGGCGUUGUGCCUUCAAGAGCUUUGUCAGGCCCAACAUGAAGACCAUGGCAUUUAUUUGUGCCAUUGAGUGUCUGGUGUCUCUUGGUACUUCAGUCUUGGUGCUUGUCGUCAUGCCCGAGUUUGACGUCCUGACCAAUCUCUUCAUCAGUGGAGGAGUCUGUAUUACGUCUGCAAUUCUACAGAUAGUAUUCAAACUACAGAGAGAACCUUGGAGAAUCACAUAUCCAGUCUGCUCCCUCAUUCUCAUUGUUGCUGGUUACUGCCUCCUGGGAAUUGACUACUACGUUCGAGCACAUUCGCAUGUAGCUGGAGAGACCACUCACUGCUUUACGUUUGUGGCAAUUGGAAUUUGCGCUUCACUCCUCGUCUCCCUCUGCUGGUGGGAAAAUCCACUGCAAGCUACAAAUCGCGUGCAGGACACGCUGUCGGAAUUGGACGGUUUCAGGGACUUUGUGUUCAUCAUCAGCAGUAUUCUGAGGAUAAUAGUGAUAGCGGGGGUGUACCUGGUCUACCAUGUGCUUAUUGUUAAAUCUAUCACCUGGUCAAACUUUAACCUCGGGAAUAAGGAAUGGGAACUCCUGCAAACAGGACUAGUGCUGUUGCUCUUACAGGCCUUCUGCUCAGCAGCCUGCCAUUGGUUUGGGGUGGUGGCCUGUAAGAUUCAUGCUGUCAGAAUGGGUUUUGCACUACCAGUAUGUUGCACAGGACCUGCAGUGCUACUGGUGGGGCUGAUACUCUUCCUAACACAGGCACAAACUCUCGGAGGUGAUAAGACGGUGAACAUCACAGAGUUCUGCGAAAACCUGAAAUACCAGAGUCUCAAGAACACAAGCCCUAUGACCUUACUAGAAGUUACUCAUAGCAUCUGUCAAACUUCACUUAACAGCUACUACUUGCAAUGGCCUUUUUCAAUGCUGGCACUGGAGGGUUUGUGUAUGUGGACCGGCUUUCUCACAUGUACCUACUACGUAUGGAAGACAAAGGUCCAGCGUAUAGAGAGAACCUCUCAACUCUUUGUUCGUCGACUCUAUGAAUCUGCUUUCAUUGACCAGUCUCUGCUGCUAAACACCAAGAUAAAAGUAGCACGAGCAAAAAACCAAGCAAGCCACGAUGAAAUACAGGAUUGUGUGAUCUAUCUUUGUGCCACCAUGUGGCAUGAGACAUAUGAUGAGAUGCUCAAGAUUCUCACCUCCAUGUUCAGGUUGGACCGUUAUCGAGGUGAUCCAAAGGAGGAACACAGUGACUAUUUUAACUUCGAGAGUCACAUUUAUGUCGAUGAUGCCUUCACGGGUGAAGAAGUCCCAGAAAGGAGAAAGGUUAACAGUUACGUUGAGGACUUGAUCCAUGUUGUCGUAGAGGUUUACAGGGUGUUUACCAACAAAGAGCCAGAUGAUGUGUCCAUCGUCGAGACUCCCUAUGGCGGCAGGUUGAUGCUCAUUAUGCCUGAAGGCAACAUGCUUUAUAUUCACCUGAAAGACAAAAGGCGCAUCAGGAACAAAAAAAGGUGGUCCCAGAUAAUGUACCUGUAUUAUCUGCUUGGCUGGAAGGGCUACAUUGUCAAGAACCCUCAGAAGAUCAGUAGCCAGUUAGACACACGCAGAGCCAGUCUGAUCUCUGUGGAUGGUGAGAUCUUCCUGCCACAGUUUGACAAUGACAACAAAAGAAAAUUCAUAUCAGAUGACAACACAUAUAUUCUUGCUCUGGACGGAGACACCGACUUCCAUCCCAAAGCUGUGAUUUUACUAGUUGACAGGUUGAGAAUGUAUCACAACGUAGGUGCAGCAUGCGGUAGAAUCCAUCCUACUGGCAUGGGUCCCAUGGUGUGGUACCAGAAGUUUGAGUAUGCAGUGGGUCACUGGCUGCAGAAAACAGCAGAACAUGUGUUUGGCUCCGUGCUCUGCAGCCCGGGAUGUUUCAGUCUGUUUAGAGGGUCUGCCUUGAUGGAUGACAGUGUUUUAAAAAGAUACACAACAACUGCAACAAGAGCUUCAGAAUAUGUGCAAUAUGACCAAGGGGAGGAUCGCUGGCUGUGUACUUUGUUACUGCAGCAAGGGUGGCGUGUCGAGUACAAUGCUGCAUCGGAUGCGUACACCAACUCGCCGCAAGAAUUCAAGGAGUUUUACAACCAGAGGAGAAGAUGGGGACCUUCUACCCUGGCUAAUACACUGGACCUUCUGCACAGUGGCGCAGAGACAGUGAAGAGAAACACAUCCAUCUCCCGGCUUUACAUUUUCUACCAGAUGUUCACUGUUGGAUCUUCUAUCCUGGGACCAGCCUCUGUGACUCUCAUGAUAGCAGGUGCUUUCCAGUUUGUCUUCAAAAUUGCUGGUACACUUUCCAUCAUCAUUGCCAGCAUUCCUCCCGUGUUCUACAUCCUCAUUUGUUUUGUGACCAAGGCAAACACCCAAAUAACCAUUGCUGCUAUUAUGAGCAUUCUCUAUGCAUUCCUCAUGACCGCAUCUCUCUUUUCCAUCAUUGGUGAUAUGGUGGUUCAGGGCACCUUCUUGACCCCGACUGGAGUCUUUUUGGUUUCUAUGGCAAUUAUGUACGUGGUGACAGCGCUACUACACCCAGAGGAAUUUACGAUGCUCAUCUAUGGUCUGAUGUACUUCAUCUGUAUCCCCAGCGGAUACCUCCUGCUGACAAUCUACUCACUGGUUAACAUGAACAUUGUGACCUGGGGCACAAGAGAAUCCAACAAGACAGAAGGAGAAGUGAAGAAACAACACAAUCUUCUCUGUGACAGAAACUGUAGAAUCUGCUGCUGGGACAUGAAGCUACAGGUAACCCAGGAAGCAACGAACAUGCUAUAUCAACAGAUCACAGGUCAGCUUCCACAGCAAGUCGCUCCCCUUAUCGACAACAAACAGGGAAUACCUCUACAGGCAAUAACAAAUUCGGGGCCUCAAACCCAACCCAACCACAAAACAGAAGCUGUGAACUUAAAGGAACCAAAAAAAGGUUCACCUGACCAGUGGAAGCCGGCAGUAAGCAGUGACAGUGAUUAUGAAGAUGACAAAAAAAGCUCAAUACUGAGUUCAUCAGAUGACGAUGAUGACGAGGAUUACUUUAAUACUCUUGAUCUAGAGGAACAAGAGGAGCCCCCUGCAUAUGACUGGGUGUAUCCAGUGAAAGACGAGUUUCUGAAGAAGCUGACUUACGCCAACCUGAAGAAAAAUCUAAAGGAACAAAUAUGGUAUUCGCUCCGUAACAAAAACGAGGAUGAUGUGUGUGAGGAGUUGGUCCUAAUGUUAACAGACACACUGAAUGGAGAGCUCAGUGCAGUGGGGCCUGAAGAUGUUCUGACAGACAUACAGGUGGACCAGUUACAACAUGAGCUAACACAGCAGGCUCGACAUAUCCUUAAGACCAAUGGAAUGAACAGAUUGGAGAAGAGAGUCAAGAGAGCCAUUGAGAAAACACUCGCUGCCCCAAAACUGCAAAAACUAGACGAGGGUGAGGAAGACUUCUGGAACAAGUUACUUGAACGUUACUUGGAACCUAUCAAGAAUACUAAACAACAUGAGGAGGAUGUCACCAAAGAACUGAAGUCACUGCGCAACAAGGCAGUCUUCCUGUAUUUCAUCAUCAACGUGCUGUGGGUGGUAGCCACCUUCUUCCUGCAAGCCAUUGGAAACGAUAUCAUUAGCAUCAGGAUCCCAAGAUACUUUCCAAACGGAACUCCAUCUGGAGAUGUUCUCAAGGUGGAGCCUCUCAGUUUGAUGUUCCUGUUGUCUUUUGCUGUUCUUCUCUUUAUUCAGUUCCUGGCCAUGUUAUAUCACAGGGUGUACACUUUGAUUCAUGUUGUGUCUUAUCGUGGUUCAGAGAAAGCCUACAGAAAGAAAGAUGACGAUGAUGAUGAUGAUUAUGAAGAUGACCACAUUCUGGAGAACGUCUACACCAAUCAACUUGCCCUUAGCAGCGAUGACGUGUCAUCAAUAUCAACUAGCUUUAACUAG